AUGAAACAUUUUCUCGAAGUAUAUAAUUCCUCAACACAUUCUACAACAGGACAUACACCAAAUUCAAUGACACAACAACAAGAAGAAAAGUAUAUACAAAAGAAACGAAGCCAAACACAAAAUAUCAGAAAUUCAACACAAUUUACCCUCAUUCCUGGUACAAAAGUUCGUGUAGUUCUUGACGACAAACCGUUGACAAAGAAACGUUUAAGGUUAAGUCGAAAUUAUUAUAUCGUAGACUCUACGCAAGGUAAUGGAUAUCUUAUAAAAGCUGCCGACGACUCUAUUGCGUUUUAUCCUCGUCAUAAAUUAGUCGAAAGUAGUAAUGGCAAACUUGCUGAAACCAUUGACGAAGCAAAGCGAGGAGUGGUUAUUGAAAUACUUGACUACAAUAUAAACGAUGACACUUAUAAAGUAAGAUAUGAAGGAGGUGUUGAAGAUGUUAUACCAUCUAAGAACUUGAGAGAGUCAAAGCCAACACAUCUGGGACCAUUAGAGCGGGAGUACUGGAAAGACAAAAAUAUGCCAGAAAGAAUAAGAAAAUUCUUCUAA